AUGGAAAAUAGAAAACUAAUUCUUCCUUUUCUUACAAGGCAUUCCAGUCACAACUCAAAUGGAAGUUCUGAAGGGAAGCUUGAUAAAGAACUCCCCAUAAAUUUGCCAUCCUCAAAUAAAUCAAUUCCUAAACCGCCAUCUGAAAAAUUAGAAAUCUCAUCAAGAUAUGAAGGAAAUUCAAGACAAUUGAAAAUCUCAGGCGAAUUAAGAAAAUCCAGAUCAAAAUCCCCAAAACUUGUACAAUCCAAUAGAAUUUCAAAUCUUUCAACCCCAAGAUCAAGCAUUCAGCCAACUCCCAGAUCUCAGCAACUGCAAAUUUCGAAAAAUUCAUUUGGAGAUAAAAAAGCCAUAGCUGAGAUCCCAAAUCCUAGGGAACAAAUAGCAGAGCUUAUAAUGCAAAUUCAGAAAAAAAACUCAAUGCCUAUUGCUGUAGAAAAGCAAUUUCAAGAUAAUAAAAUUAUUUUAAAACCAUUUGAAAGCCCUCCAGAUGACCCAUCAGGAACAACAAUCGUGACAAAUCACGGGUUAUUUGAAAUACCAAAAGAAAAAAACGCACCAUCUAAAUGGGUAUCGAAAAAGGAUUUUAUUAUGGAAAGCUACUUUAAGGACGUUUUUUCUAAACUGCCAUUUGUUAUGAAUUUUAAUAAAAGAAAAAAUCUAGCAAAAUGGCUGAAAGAGACGAGAAAGGCAAAUUUUGAAAGGAAAAGAGAAGAAUUAAUAAAUAAUUUUUGGGCAUCAAGAAAAUUUUUUGCUAAAAAUUAUCAGCGUUUAAAAGGACAUUUAACAAAAAUCGCUGAAAUAGUAGGGGUUGAAAUAAAAGAAGGCAAUAUCUAUGGAAAACGGCAUAUAGAAUUCAGCUCAAGGCAGCAAGCUUGUAUUAAUGAAAAUGGCCGAAUUUUUGACAGAGAAAGCACAGGGAUUUCUGAUAUAGUCACAAUGAAUUCAGAAGAACUCUCGAAAAUCCAAGCAAAAGAAAGAGAAGAUUUCGUAGACCGCCAAAUCACAGAAAAACUUGAAGGCAAAAAAGACACUUUUAUAGGGAUCAGCUCAAAAAAGAAAAAUAGCAAGGAUAUUCGUGAAGAAAACAUAAAGCUGCAAGGCAAACUUAUUGAUGGUUUUUUGCACUAUGUAAAGUUAAUAUUUAUAAGGGUAAGCGGAUAGCCCACUAGUCUGCCUAUCUGGCAUAAACCCGCCUAAACUAAGGACUAGCUCCUAGGAUAGAGCUACCUCUUAAUGAUACCCUACUAUAAGCAAGACUAAACACUAUGUAAGACUUUCCUAUUUUAACUCAGUCAUAGAAAUGAUAGAAGAAACAAGCUUACAAUUUGCUGCCAAAAUGUGUGGCCCAAGAAAGCCAAGAUUCGAAGUUAUUAUGGUCAUAAAACAAAAUUUAAACGUCGACCCUGAGCUUGCUAUUUUGAAAGAAAUAAUUUUAGGCUCAAUACAAAAUUUUAUAUUAUCAAUUUUUACUAAUCGGCAAAUUAUCCAUACCCAAUCAGUCAUUUUAAGCUCUUUCAAGCUCCAAAAGCCUAUUAAAAUGAGCUAUAAUGUAUUUAUUAAUGAAAUUUUAGAACAUAAAGGAUUGGUAAAAAAAUGUCAUGAAAAUUUAGAAAAGGAAAUUGACAAAGAUAUGAAAGCUUCUCAAAAGACAAUUGGGAACUAUAGGGGUUUUCCCUAUAUGGUCCGAUAAGGGCCGUGGGCUCUCCGUGGAAUCCCUAUGUUGGUCAAACCAACUCUGUGCGUUGGUUUGACCAAUUCACUGGUUAGUUCAACCAGCAGAGAGAUUCCACGAAGAACCCACGGCCCUUAUCGGGCUAUAUAGGAAAAACACUUAUACCUUCAUUUGGAGCAGAUUAAGACUGUUGGAGAAAAAUGGGUAGUUCAGUUAAAAGACAAGAAUUUCGACGUCGUUUCCUUUUAUAAAGAAAAUUUUGAACAGUUUAAUAACUUUUUCUCACUCCCCCCCCCUCGAAGUUCGACCAAGAUAUAGGGAAAAUUCCUAUUUUUUUGGAAAAUUAACCCCCCUCAAAGCUCGACCAAGACCUAUAUAAAUUUACUAGGAAAAUAAGCAAUUUUUCAAAAAUUUUAAACUAUGUGGGGGUGAGCUUGCGAUUUUUGUAUUCAAGCUCUAAAAAAGCGUUACAAAACCAUCUUGCACUAUUUUUUCUAACCCUUACACACCCUCUCAACCAUACAGAAGAAUAUGAUAAAUUUUUUGUUUUAACUACUAAAUUAUAUAAAAAAAAUUCUAUAUAAUUUUUUUUAAAAAAAUUUUUCUUAACCCCCUCGAAGUUCGACCAAAAAAAAUCUUGGUCGAACUUCGAGGAGGGGACUCAACAAAUUGAAGAAAUUUCUGUUUUAAGCACAGUUUCUGGAAUGAUUUCAGUAGAAACUGCUACAAUAAAAGCCCAUCUCCAAGAAAUCCCAAAACUCGUGAUUUCUUCUUUAAAAGAACGAUUAUUAGAAAUAAUUUCCCAUGAGUCCUCAGACUUAAAAACUGAAAUUUUUUCUUUUCAUAAAAUCCUUGAGGAUAAAGCUGCGUCUCUUCCACAGUUUGCUGAACAAGUAAAUGCGACGACAUCUAUUAAAGAAACUAAGCUACAAAAUUGGGAAAAAAGGCUGAUGUUUAUUAAUGAAUGCUCAAAUUUGUGUAGAAAAGAAAAAGUGAGGAUCCCAGCAAAUACAGUGGUAGCAAUUGAUGAAAUUAAGUCAAUAAUAAAAAUUAUUCCAGUACAGAUAAUAAAAGCAGAGCAGCAUUAUCAGGAAUAUGGAAACCUGUUUGAGGACCAAAUGAAUGCUGGGUCUGCAAAAUUAGCUAAAAAAAUAUUCCUAUUGGCAUGAUUAUACCUAUUUAUUUUUUAAAAAUAUCAAAAAACGGUAUUUAAUAAAAAAGUAUAAAAAAAUUUGAACAAAAUUAUAUACAAAGAUAUCUGCAAGACAUAGAUAGGCUUGAUCAGCCUGAUUUAACGUUAAAAGAGCUGACAAAAAGAGAAGAAGCACUGGCUACUAUGAAGCAAAGGGUAGAGAUGAUAGAAACUUUUAGCUCAGCUUUAAUUAAACUUAAGCCAAAAGACCUUACAAUAAAGCAAACUGUCUGCAGAAAAAAAUUUGAUGCUCUAUUUUUACUGCAUUGUGAUACUUUAAAGCUGUGAAAACUGACCAAUUAUUGGCGAAAACAUUUAGAAAAAUGGAUGCUGACUACUUUUGAAAAUCUUGACGUCAAAAAAAUGUGCAUAAAAGCUGAAAAAAUCAGCAAAAGGCUUGGCGAUGGCUAUUUUGAAAGCAAAAAAUUCCCAAAAGCAGCAGAGCGAGCUCUUAAAUUAGUCACCGAAGAAAUCAGCAGCUUGACCUCUAUAUCAAGCCUACUAUUAGAUUUAAAAAGUGACUCUUUAAAGCCUAGACACUGAGAAAUGAUAUUAAAAGUCAUAAAAAAGCCUGAACUCUUAAAUUUUGCAUUUAAAUUACAAGACCUCACAGAAGUAGGCCUGAUUAAAUAUAUCCCCAAAAUAAAAAAUAUUUUAGAAGAUGCUUAUGAAGAGUCCAAAUGUGAAGCCAAUUUAAUUUCAAUAAAAACCAUUUGGGACUCCAUGGAGCUUUCAUUUGAAGAAUCGAAAAAUGGAAGCAGCAUGCAUGUGUUAGCUAAUGUAAAAGAAAUAGAAAACUGGAUAGAAGAGCAUAUUAUUACUAUAGAAAACAUUGAGCAAGCUAUGAAUACGUCACAUAUCCAAGCAGAAAUAGAAGACUGGAAAGUAAAACUUACUCAAAUGAAGCACGUCUUGGAUUUGUGGGAGUCUUGUCAGAAUUCGUGGCUGCAGCUUGAGCCUAUGUUUAAUUCAGAACAUAUGGGAAAUACAACUUCUAGUGAAAUUGAGGCGUUUAAAGAAAUGCAAACUAAUUUAAAAAGACUUGUGUGGGCAGCUCAGCAAAAUACGAAAGCUACUUAUAAUUUGCUUUUACCUGGCAGGGAUAAGCUUUUUGAAAAAAUACUUGAAGGAAUUUCAAAUUUGAAAAAAAAUAUUAAAGGCUUCUUAGACAGUCACAGAUUUAUUCUAUUUUCCUUAAAUUUGUAUAUCCUCCAUUUAAAAUUAAUUUUUUUUUUUUUUUUUAUUUUUUGCUAUACAUUUCCUAGAUUUUUCUUUUUAUCUGAUCCACAGCUUUUGCAAUUUUUAUCAUAUGUCCAUACAGAGCAACAAUUUGAUAAAUAUUUAUCAUUUUUGUUUCCAGGAGGUUCUAAAUUUCUAAUUAAAAAAUUUAGUUAUGAAGAAGCAGCUAGUGCUGAAGAAUUUGAAUUUGAGCUGAGUUCUUCUGAUUUAGAAAAUAAAGAUGAAAUUGAUGAUUUUCUAACUCCCCCCCCCCCUCCGUGAGCGAACAAAACCAUUAGAAAAAUCGCUAUUUUUUGACCAAAAACCCACCCUCCGUGAGUGAACAAAAAUUUUUUUAAUAGAAAAAAUUUUAAAUGAAAAAAAUUUUGAUAUAUAAGUGAUAAUUAGUAUAAUGAAAUCUAGAGCUAAUUCUGUUUAAUUUUUAAACAAAUUGCGUUUUAAAACAUAAAUUUUGCAAAUUAAAUUAAUAUUUGCUUCCCAAUUUUUGCAAAUUAGGAUUUUUUUAAAUUUCGAAAAAAAUAUUUUUUAUAAAAUUUAUAUAUAAAUUUUUUUUAAAAAAAAAAAAUUAACCCCCCUCCGUGAGUGAACAAAAUUUUUUUGUUCGCUCACGGAGGGGGGGGGGGGAGUAAGCGAUUUAAAAGCUGAUGAUACUCAAAGUGAAGGAAAUAGAAAUUUUAUAACAGCAAAACAAAAACUGAAAGAAAAAUGCAUGAAAAAUGUGAAUCAAGGAAAAUUUUUGUAUGAAAUUAUGGGUAUUGAAGGGUUUAAUGGAGAAAUUUUAUUUUUUGAAAAAUCUGUUAGUAUUGUUGGAAGUGUGGAAGCAUGGCUAUUAGAAGUUGAAAAAGAAAUGAAAAGCACUUUAGGAAAUAUGGUAAAAGAUACAGUGUCUUAUUUUUCUAAACAAAGUUUAGAUGAAUGAAUUUUGGAUUUCCCCCAACAAACAGUUUUUACUGCUUUAAUGCUUGUGGUUACAAGUGAAAUUACUGAAAUUAUGAAAGACUACCAAAACCAAAAAGGCUCUGAUUCGAGUGAUAAUGAAAUUGAAAUCCCCAAUGAAGAAAUUGACGAAAAAUUCACCAGAUCUUUUUUUACAAAUAGCCAAUCUAUUGAUAAAGAAGCGCUUAAAAAAGAGCUUCAGUCUAAAGGCUAUAAAGGCUUAUAUACAAGACUGCAGUUUUGGAUAAGUCAGAUUGCAAAAAGUUUAAAUUCAAAUCAAAGCAUUAACUCAUAUCAAAUAAUGUGCUUAAGGUCAGUGAUUUAUUAUUUAAAUUAUCAAUCAGAUAUAGUAAAUUCUCUUUUACUGAAAAAAAUUUACUCAAAAGGCGAUUUUGAGUGGAAAAAAAUUUUCAGAGCAUAUUGGAAGCCUUCUGUAAAUAAAGUUGAAUUGGAGUGUGGAGAGACAAGUAUUCUUCAAGAAAAUGAAUAUUUAGGAAGCUCAUAUAGGCUACUUUAUUCACCUUUAACAACUAGAUAUUUUGUAUUUAUAAGCAGUGCUCUUAGAGAAUUAUCAUUAGUUUUAUUUAAAACUAGCCCAUGCGUUGAUUCAGCUUUUGAUAUUUUUGAAGAGUUCUCAAAUCUUUGUGGAAUUGCAAGCUCAAAAGUUUAUAUCAACAGCAAUACUUCUAUGACUAUGCUUCUAAAAAGGCUUAAUGGGGCUGCUCACUCUGGCAUAUGAAUUGUUUUCGAGCACCUGGAUAAUCUCAGUCUCCACAAUUUACAAAUUUUAACAAAAGAAGUCCAAAUGGUGAGGCAGCAAUUUAUAGCCUCAAAUACAAUUAAAAAUUAUAAUUAUAAAUUUGCAGCUAUGUUUUCUAUUUCUCCAUUGCAAUACCGCCAAGAUAAAGCUUUGCUAUCCUGUUUACAGCUCUCUUUUAGAUCCAUUGAAAUUAUAAAGCCUGACGUGAAAUUUAUAGUGCAGAUUCUUUUAAUUCAAGAAGGGUUCAAAAGUAUAGACACUCUAACUCCCCCCCCCCCCUCCGUGAGUGAACAAAAAAAUUUUGUUCACUCACGGAGGGGGGUUAAUUUUUUUUUUUUAAAAAAAAAUUUAUAUAUAAAUUUUAUAAAAAAUAUUUUUUUCGAAAUUUAAAAAAAUCCUAAUUCGUAAAAAUUGGAAAGCAAAUAUUAAUUUAAUUUAUAAAAUUUAUGUUUUAAAAAGCAAUUCGUUUAAAAUUAAAUAGAACUAGCUCUAGAUUUCAUUAUACUAAUUAUCAUUUAUAUAUCAAAAAUUUUUUCUAUCAAAAAAUAUUUCUAUUAAAAAAAAUUUUUGUUCACUCACGGAGGGUGGGUUUUUGGUCAAAAAAUAGCGAUUUUUCUAAUGAUUUUGUUCACUCACGGAGGGGGGGGGAGUAAGUACAUUAAUGAAAAAUCUUAUAAAAAUACUAAUGGAAAAAAUAGAUCCUAAUAUUUCUGUAUCAGUGAAAGCUAUCAUGAGUAUACUAUAUUAAAUUAAAUUUAUUAGGAAUUGAUUUAAUGCUAAUUUUCUUGCCCUUUAAUCGUAAAAUAUUAAAAUUAAAUCUACUCAUUAUAUAAUAUAACAAAUUAUUUUAUUUUAAUAUUAAUAAGGCGAAUUAUCAUAUUUUUUUGAAAAUAAGAAAUCACUAUAAUAAGCCUCUAUUUAAUUUAUUUAAAGGUUUAUAUAAUAAUUAUCGCUAAAAAAAUGAUAAACCAAACUGAAACUGAUAUAGAAUCCAGAGAAAUUUCAGCAUUAGCAAAUGCCGCAAAAUUAUUUUUUUCAAAUAAAAUAAUUUCUGCGAAUAAUAUAGGACCUAAAAUUACUAAAGAAAAGACCUAUGAAAUUUUAGAAAAUAUUGACGACACUGUAGGAAUGGUUUUUAGAAGGAGACAAAAAACAGGAUUUGAGAUGCCUGAGCUUAGAAAAUUGAUAGGAAAAAGUGCAGAAGAAAUGGGAUUAAAUUUAUCAGACUUGCAGCUAAAAAAAUGCGAAGAUAUAUAUUACGGACUAAGAAUAAACCGUGGAUUUAUCAUUCUAGGUCCAAAUACAACUGGGAAAUCUACCAUGCUUGAAUUAGUUGCAAAAAUUCUUAAAAAUGUAUAUAAUUUUGAAAUUAAUCAAAUAGAAAUAAACCCAAAUACUUUUACUGAAAAACAGCUAUUUGGAUCAAUGGAGCCUCAGCAAAAUCCAAAAGAAGGGAUUUUAUCUAAAAUUUGUGAAGAAGCUUUGCAAAGUGACUCCAGAUUUCAUUGGCUGAUACUUGACGCAAAAUAUAUGCAAUCAUGAUGGGCUGAAUUGUUUUUACCAUUAUUUGAAAACUCUUUAACAAAUUUGAACGAUUUUCAGUCUUUAGAUUUGUCUGAUUUUUUGCCAUCUUCCAAGUCUUUGCUUUCUGCAAAAACUGAUAUUUUAGCAUUUCCAAAUAUGACAAAUCUCCAAUUUCCAAAAAAUAUGUCAAUUAUCUAUCAGACAACUGAAAUCUCUUCUAUGUCUCCUUCAUUUCUUAACAAAGUAGGCAUUUAUUUUUUCGAAGAAAAAUCUCUUACCUCUUGUGAUAUUUGUAUAUUUUCUUUAAAAUCAAUAUGCCAAAAAUAUUUAAAAUACGGAUUACACCCUAAAUUUAUUAUAGAAAUUUUUUCCACAAAAAUCAAAAAAAUGAUAGAAAAUAUUGAAGUAUGUUUUUCAGAGAAUCCAGGGUGAAAUUCAAAGGUUCUUUCUCUAUCAUUUGUAAGGAUAUUUCAAAUGGUAAUGGAAGUUAUGGUAACCCAAGCAUUUGUAGCUGUUGGAGAAGAAGAAGGGAUGUAUUCUCCUUCAGAUGUAGAGCUAGAACAGUAUGCGAUAAAAAAUGCUUCCACUAAACCAAUAUUAAUAGAGUAUUAUUCAAGAAUAGAAAUUGGGAUGAUUUAUACUUUAAUUUGGUCUUUUGGGGCCUGCUUAAACUCGGAUGAUAAAUCAAAAUUUUCAACAAUAAUACAUAAACACAUCGCUAAUUCAAGCUUCAAAUACAAAUUUCCAGAAAAUUCAGACAUUUUCAAUAUUUUUAUUGACUGGACUGAUAUUUCUUUUCAUACCUUCAGUGAGGCUCCUUUAGCACAAAAUUCGCUUUCCCCAUCACUUUAUAUUAUGAUUCCUUCUCUGGAAUUAACAAGGUCAGCUUUUCUACUAAACAGCAUAAUCCUAGUAGAAAAUUCUUUAAAUACCCAAAAAUAUAUACAACUCAUAGGAGAAUCAGGAUCAGGAAAGACUUCUCUUGCUCAAUAUAUUUCUAAUAUAAACAUUGAAAAUUACAGUACAACUGUCCAAACAGUUACCCCACAUCUGUCUGUUACCCAUCUACACAGCUCAGUGCUAAAUCUAGUAAAUAAAAAAGGUUUUGAUAGAAAAUUACUUUUAGUUAUAGAAGAUGUCCAUUUAGACGAAAAUUAUAAAAAAAAUAUUUUGGAAGAUCUAAAAUAUUGGGCCAAACAUGAAGGAUUUUUUGAGCCAGAAGACCUAGAUUUUAUUCAUAUAAAAUCUGCAGAUUUCAUUACCACUUGUCAGCCACAAAACUUAGAAUCUUUAUCACUUGACUCAAAUAUUCACAAAAUUUUCCUUGAAGCCCCUAAUACCCAUAUUUUUAAACAAAUUUUAGUAAAUUGUGUAUUUCAGAGAAAAAACUCUGUAGAAAUCUUAGUGCAUAGAUAUUUGAAAAUUAUUAUCAGCAUUAUUUGUCAUAUGAAAAAAGAUUUUUCUGAUAAUUUUAGCUUUAUGAGGGUAAUUAAAAAUUUCAAAAGUUUUUUAUAUUUUUCGAAAAACUGCGAAUGAAGUGAAGGAAAUGAGCUAAAAGAAGAAGACAGAGUCGCCGAAAUGCUGGCUUAUGAGCUCAAAAGAGGAUUUAAAGAUUCUAUUAAAGACAAAAAAGAGUUCGACUUAAAAAUUUCAGAGCAUAUUAGCAAUAAACUAAAAGUUAACAAAAUGCAGGCAGGGCUGCUGUAUGGGGAUUAUAUUUCUGAGAAUCAAAAAUAUAAUUCUAGUUUUGUGUACUCGAGAAAAUUAGUAGCAGAUAUAGAGAAUAUCCAAAAUAUAAUUAUAGAAAAGAUCAAUAAGUACCCAGGGAUGACUGAAAAAAAGUUUUUGUCAAUUGUGGCUUACUGCUUAUACCCUUCUGCUAUUGAAAGAAUUUGGGCUAUUUGUAGAAUAAUACAAGAAGAAGGACUGCAUGGGAUUCUGCAAAUUCCUGCAGGUAACUGAUAUAUAUUAAAUGACGACGUGCCAGCUUGCACUCUUGGUACCACAGUCCACAUCUUAAAGUAACGGCAAACUGGAACGGAUUUGAAAGCCGAGAAACAAGUCCAGCCUUAGCAAAUGUUUAUUAGGUAGGUUUUGGCUGCUUUCCUGCAACUAGAAAUGGAGAUGCUCAGCAAUUUACCAAGAAGUUGGGGGUUCAGCUGAACCAUAGGAAUUACUAUAACUGCCAAAUGAAGGCACUUUUGCGCUGAUAGACUUCAAAGAGCUAAUCCCUGAAAACAAGUUGCUCUUAAUCAUCCAUUGUAGGUCACAGAAAUCCAUAAGCUGCCCAUUCAAGACUGAAGCCUCAAUGCAAGGAGGUGACAAAUGCACCAGUUACGACUAGGCUUACUAGGAAAUUUAUCUCAAAUUAGAUAAACCUCUGUGCGAGAGGUCUUUGGUAGCUGCGUCACAAUAUGGCUAGCACUGCCUUUAAUAAUCCAAUCUUACUCCUUCAGGUAACGGUGCAUAUGAAUGUGUCCAAGCCGCUUGUAUAUUAAAACAAUGCAGAAUUAUUGAAAUCGAUAGAGAUUUUACUGACUUUCAAGCAAAAUUCGAAGAAUCAAUUUUAACUAUUUUUGAAAAAAUGAAAAAUUCUGAACAAACCCAAUGUGUAUUUUUAUUCCAAAUUUCUCCAUCAAAAUACGAAUCUUAUCUUGACCUAUUAAAUUGGUUUAUUAUUUCAGAUUUACAAGAUAUCAGCCUUUUCUCAGCAGGAUUUCUAGAUAAACUUUCAAAUAUAAGCCAAGACAAAUUAUUCCGCUCCAAAAUUUUAAAUUCCGAUGAAAAUCCUAUCCUAAUUGUGCUGAAAUUUUUAAAAAAAUAUUUUCAUAUAAUUAUUCAGAUUUCUUCAUUAGAAGAAUACAAAACUUUUUUAUUACGAUAUCCCAAGCUUAGUGAUAGAUGUGAAAUUAUUAUUGAAUAUUCUCAGCCAGACUAUGGAGAACUUUCACAUAUGGCUGAAAAUUAUUUAAAAAUAAGAGGCAUUGAAGACGUAGGGCUUGCAGAAGUUAUGACAGAACUGUUUAUGCACGCAAAAGGCUCAUAUGAAAGAAAUGAAUUUGUUGAUGCCAGCGAAAGGCCAGAUCUGGAUAAUUUUAUUUGCACUAAAAGACUGGUGGAUUUUAUUGAUAAUUUUUGUAACAUGUAUUAUCAAGCUCAAGAAAAGAUUAAAAAAUAUAGAUCAAACCUAGAAAAAGUCCUGGAAAAAACAAAAAUUUUCCAGUCUAUGCAUGAGCAGCUUGGCAAUAAUAUGUCGUUUUUACAAGAGCAUUCAAUGAAAACCUCUUCAAAUAUCAAUCUUACCCGUGGGCAAAUAGAAAAACUAAGAAAAUCUCAGGCACAAAAGCAAGAGCUGAUUGAAGAAAAAGAAAGACUAAAUGCUGCUUUACAGUCUGAAUUAGAACAUUUACAGAAAGAAAAUGAAGAAAUUGUGGCUUCAAAAGAUAUGAGACUAGAACAGACUUUCAAUGCACUAGUUCCUUAUUUACAGCAAACAAGCUAUAUUCAAGAUUUUUUUAAAGCCAAUGAUGAAAAAAAUGUAAGGCUUUUUCACAUUUUGGCUGCAAUAAUAGGAAAAGAUGAAGAAGGAAAUUUAUUAUGCAAUUUAACCUCUAUAAAGAUAUUAUAACAUAUUUUUUUAAAACAAAAUUAUUUAUUAUAAAUCAACAUAGAAAUUUUUGAGCAGCCUUCAUCACUUAUUGGUUCUUUAAGAAACAAGCAUGAAGGACAGUUAUCACGAAGGGUUUUAAAUGUGCUCAGUGAAUAUGUAAGUAAGGUUGAAAAGAAAACCUACAGAGAUCCAUUUAUGAUGUCUUUAUAUGACUAUUUAGAUUCAAUCCUUCAAAGAAACCAAGUUUUACAGCUAUUGCAGCCCCAAAUAGCCAGAACUGAUGAACUGAAAAACGAAAUUGCUAAUAAUAAUGUCUCUAUUACCUACGCACAAAAGUAUAUUUUAGACAUAGAAAGAGAGCUUCGCAGAUGCAUAGACAGAGAAAGACUGUUCUCAAGCGAAUUAACUAAAAGAAAAGAAAAAUUAAAAACCAGCGAAGUCACCCAUAUAAGAACUGACAAUUUAAUCGCAGCUGUGACUGAAUUAAACACAAAAGCAAGAAACAAGCUUAAUAUCGUUGAAGAAAUUGAGAAAAAAUUGGUUGGCGAUUGUUUAAUUUUUACUUGCAAUUCUGAGUACUUUGGGCAUUUAAAUAUUGCUCAAAGAGUGCAAGAAUGGGCUUCUAUUUUUAGGAAUUUAGAAGCUAGAGAAAUUUUUGCUGACGAAAGAUGGCAGGAUAGCUCAUUUAGCUCGCAGUUGAAGAUUUUUAAAUAUUAUUCGAAGUUUAUAAAUCUAGAACCUUCAAAAAGUGAUGUGAAAUUUGGGAAUUUUUCGGUCUCUGACUCACAGAAUUUGAUGAAAUUGUCAUCAAAUUAUUGGUUUGGCCAUGAUAUAUACUAUAUUUAGUUAAAAAUACAAAAAAUAGCCCAAAAUUAAAUAGAAAUCAUAAAAAUACUUUCAUUUAAAAAAUUUAUUCUUUUUUCCUAUAAAUUUAGGAAGGGCGUAUGAUGAAAUAAGUGAAAUUCUCAUAAAAAAUUUGCUGCCUAAGCAUUAUAAAGAUUUAGAUGAUCGAAAAGAAAAUAUGAGAAUUCUAAAAGCUGAUAUGAAAGAAAGGAAAAAAAGGAAAAAAACUGAGCUGACACUGUGCGAUAUUAAUUUGUUGCAGGACUAUGAUCAUUAUAUGGACCUUUUAAAUGUCAUUAAAGCCAGCGAUGAAUCGAUUCAGAGGUUUUACCUAGCUCAAGAAGACUAUUUAAGCUUUAUGCAGCAAUUUCCAUUGAUUAUUAACCUAGAAAAAUGCCUCAAAAAAUUCAUAAUGCCACAGCUGUUUUUAUAUUUUUAUGCUGGCAUAAAAGAAGAAUUCUCGUCAUUAUUUUCGCUCAUAUAUGCGAUUUAUGUCGGAUUGGCACAAGGACAGAUUAAAGAUAAAGAACUUGAUGAAUUUGAAAAGAAAUUUUGAAAUACUAAAGAAAAUUUACAGAUGGGAACCAUAGUAAAAGAAGCAAAACCACAAAAACUAGAAAAAUCAGAAGCAGAAACUAAUGAAAUUUCUCUAGAUUAUGAAAAAAAUCUAAAAGAAAAAUUAAAUCAAGCUAACAGCGAAGAAGUCUCAAAAAUGAUGACUGUGCUUUUUAACUCCCAUUAUAGUGAAAUUCCUACAUUACUCAGAAUUUUGGUAUCUUUAAAAUCACCUGACAAUAAAACAAAAAAUCUUCUAACUUCCCUUUAAUUAGAAGCAAAGUCGCUAUUUUGAGAAAAAAAGUCUCGUUUUUUUAGUGAGUAUAGCAUAAAUUUUUGGUGCAAACUAUAUUUUAAUAAUAAUUAUAUAAUAAUUAAAUAUCAAGCGAAUUAUAAUAAAUUUCAGAGCUGCAUUCUAAAACAUAAUUUUUAUAUAAAUUAAAUUUUAGUUCGCAUUUUUACAAAUCUGAUCCUUAAAAUCGAAAAUUUUUUUCCUAUAAAAUCUUAAAAAAUUCAGCCCCUUGGAUGCUUUUUCUUGCUAACUCCUCCCCCCCCCCUCCGUGAGCGAACAAAAAAAUUUUGUUCGCUCACGGAGGGGGGUUAAUUUUUUUUUUUUUUAAAAAAAAUUUAUAUAUAAAUUUUAUAAAAAAUAUUUUUUUCGAAAUUUAAAAAAAAUCCUAAUUUGCAAAAAUUGGGAAGCAAAUAUUAAUUUAAUUUGCAAAAUUUAUGUUUUAAAACGCAAUUUGUUUAAAAUUAAACAGAAUUAGCUCUAGAUUUCAUUAUACUAAUUAUCACUUAUAUAUCAAAAUUUUUUUCCAUUAAAAUUUUUUCUAUUAAAAAAAUUUUUGUUUCACUCACGGAGGGUGGGUUUUUGGUCAAAAAAUAGCGAUUUUUCUAAUGGUUUUGUUCGCUCACGGAGGGGGGGGGGGGAGUAAGCAAAGGGAAAGUAAAAGAUUUUAUUAAUGAAAGGCUGAACUUUAUUUCUGAUUUACAUGAUACUAAAAUGACUCUAGAAAACUUAAUAAAAAUCGGUAAUUGGAAGCUACCAAUUGCAAUACACUCACUUCCAGGAGUAAAUAUUAUUAAUAUGCUCUGCUCAUUAGCCAACAACCAUAAUGUUGGCCUAGAAGUAAUUAGAAAACUCAGCCAUGAUGAAAACAAAAUUGAUAGUGACCCUGCUACUUAUGAGCUGAUUUUUUCAAGUGCAAAAGAAGGAAACUGGGUCUUAAUAAGCACUGAGCAAUUUCCUUUUAGCUGAAAAGGCAUUUAUCAACAGCUUAAAGAAUUAAAUGAAAAAAAUGAAAUUAAUGAAGAAUUUAGGAUUUUCUUUGAUUUGCAAGGAUUUAAAAACGAAGAAAUCCCUUGGGGAUUUUUGAACCAGGAAUGCGGAAGAAUUUAUGUGAUAGAAAAAGAUGCUGAAGAAGCUGCAAGGUACUCUGAUAUUUGGAGCAGGUUUUUGUGUGGUGAUGAAAUUUUAAAGAUUAAAUAA